AUGUCGCCAGUCUCCGUCGAUGGAAGCGACUGGUCGGGGUUGAACCAGUAUGGGAAGUCAGAAUCCCCAUUCUCACCAACAUUCCCAUCGUCUCGCGCCAAUCUAGCCACACCCCCGACCUCCGGCGUCCCUAGCGCACCUUUAAGUCCCAACGGCGGUCCUCCAUCGUUAUCCCCUUCGAACUUAAGCAGCAACCCAUCCCCUCCCAGCUCCAUCGCCGCCAGAUCCAGCGUGGGCACAAUAGGAGGAGAACCCGCUCCCCGAGAUGGACGACGAUACCGCCAGAUGGAAGAGAUACUGGGCCAACACUAUGUUGUCCUCCGACGAUUCCUGAACGGCACAGCCCGUGAAGAUAACAGCAAGCCAAACAAAGCCCGCGACAAACUACUACGCCUAUCUCCGACCCAGUUUCACGAACUGUCAACAGAUGUAUACGAUGAAUUGAUCCGGCGGCAGCAGGCCAUGCCCCCGCCAGGACGCCCUCCCCGGCCAGACGUACCCCCCUACCUCCCAUCGCGCGCCGACUUUCACGAAAAGCGCAACCACGCCCGCCAAAAGUUGGCCGCACUGCACCACCAGCGCUUCCGCGACCUCGCAACCGAUGUCUUCUGCGAGCUGGAGCGUCGCUUUCCGCACUUUACCAGCCGGGAAUUUCGAGCACGCCCGCCUCCAAAUAUGCCGCCAGGCUCGCGAGGUUCACAGCAGUCGAGGGGGCCUCCCUCGCGCAUGGGUCGGGGCUAUCCGUCUGGUGGACCGCCGGGAAGUCCGUUCCCACCGCGUGGUGGUUCGGUUGGCGGAUCGCCUGGCGGGAUGAAUGGGGAUGGGCCGUUCCCUCGGUCUUUCCAGAGUAAUACGAUGGUUCCAAAUAAGAGUACUAUGGUUGAGGAUAGCGAUGAUAUGGGCGGGGAGGACGAAGACGAUGCUCGGAGUGAUGCGUUUGCGUUAGAUGCUGUGUUGAGUCGUCGGGGGACAACAACGACGCUGGGAGAUAGUGAGCGGAAGUUGUUGUUGGAGAGUCAGUCGCAGGUCUCGGCUUUGCAAGAUAAGAUUGAGAAGUUGGAAGAAUUGGUUCGCUCCAAAGACGAGGAGCUGGCUCAGUCGUCUCAGGAUGCCGAUUCCUCUGGGAUCAGUCACAGCGAGCGACAGGAAUGGGAUGAUUUGCGACAAGACCUUGAGAGUAAGGUGUCGAAAGCGGAGGAUCUCAAUAGUUCGCUUCAGCUUGAGCUUGAGAAGGUUCGGACGGAGCAUGAUACGAUGGAACGUGACCUUCGCAACCAGCUCGAAGAGUCUUCUCUCAGUGUCGAGGAUGCUGAAUUGCAGUCGCGGUACGCGGAUCUGGAGAAUCGGCACCAGACUCUGCAGAUAGAGCUGCAACAGCAGCGGCAGGUGACCGAUGAGGUCAAGCGGGAAGCAUCGGUGUUCCUCAUGGAAAUGAAGACCCUCACAGCCGAGAGCCACGAAAAUUGGGAACGCGAAGAGCAUCUCUCCAACGAAGUCCACAGACUCGAGGCAGACGCCAACGAAUGGAAGCACCGCUACGCCAAGGUCAAGGCCCAGCUACGACACCUCCGUACAUCAUCUGGCGGCUUCGCCGACUCCAGACCCGACGCAAGCGUCUUUACCAAAGAGCACGAACUCGUCCAGGUGGAUGGUGUGGUCAAAGAUGUUCACGUUACUAAAUUCCAAAUGUCGGUCGACGAACUUUUGCGCGCUGCCCGAUUCGAAGAACCGCGCAUUGUUCUCCAACAAAUCAAGGCGGUUGUCGUGACCGUCCGCUACAUCCUUCAAGACGUGGACCAGUCACCAAUCCCCGUGGAUGGCACAGCAGCGCAGCGUAUCAAAGCGAAGAACCAGGCAUCGAGCACAGCAAACAAUAUGAUCACUGCCACGCGCAACUUCGCCAGCUCUGGCGGUUUGUCUCCGGUGUCUCUCCUCGAUGCCGCAGCUUCCCAUCUCUGCACUGCUAUCAUUGAGUUGAUUCGCAUUGUGAAGAUUCAGCCUUCGCCUGCAGAUGAGCUGAUGGAAGAAGCUGAUGAGGAGAUGGAUGUUUCGCAAACGCAAUUCCCUGACUACUUUGAUACGUCUGCUAGCCAGAAGCGCAUGAGCAAUAACUCGGUCUACAGCGCUAUGAGUCGGCCCGACGAGUCCGAGUUCCCUGCUUUGCAGAAUGGUUAUACUAAUGGUGUCAACCAUGAUGGCUGGGGUGUGCCGCAGGGUGACCACGAAGUAUUGGAAUUGAAGCUCCACGUUGAAAACCAAACAGACGGCAUGGUCCAAUCGAUCCAGGCACUGGUAGCCAGCAUCCGCGCCGGAGACAAACUGCACACAGUCCAGACGCAUGUCAAUGACAUUUCAGGCGUCGUCGCCAACGUUAUCAACUACACAGAACGGUUGGUACGCGAUCGCAGUGGCGACAUCGCUCUACAGCAGACUUCCGAACCUGUCAUUCACGCUUUGGAACAAUGCCGUAACAGAUUGGUUGCCACUGCUGAGGAGGGCCAAGAUGCCACAACACCCGAGGAACUGCGCGAGGUCACGAACAAACUUCCGCCCAUCGCUUUUGAAAUUGCUCGCGAGACAAAGGAUCUCGUCCAGCGUCUUGAGUCCAUGUCCUUGGCGACUGCUGACGACGAGGACGAUGAUUUCCGGUGA